AUGGAAGGGAUGAAAGCAUCGUCAAGCUCAUCAAACACAGGCAUGAUGUCUCGCAUGAAGAAAGAUUGCUUAUUUUUCUAUGUUUCUUUGCAAGAGGGUUUUCGCAAUCUUAAGGCCUUCUUCGUUGGUCAGGCUAAGAAGUUGACGGCAAGAAACGAGCAAGAAGCAACGGAAGCAGAGCUUCGCACAAGCAAAAUGCAAGUUGAAGCUGCCGAUGCAGCUGAGGAAACCAAAAAGAAACUCAGCAACAACAAAUCUGUGUAA